GAGGUGUCUUUAGAAGGGGAACCAUCAAUAAGCCGACCACAAACCAUGGCCUGGUACCCGGUCGCAAUCACUCCACUCGUCCACCAGAACCAGCCCACUGGCCAUACCCACACCACCACUUCAGUUGGAUCAAACUCGGAAAGUGGCCUGCUGACCACAAUCAGUGGAGUAGACCCAACAGCACAGGCACCACGCCCGUUGGCUGAAGAGUUGGCAAAGGAUCCAGAGCACCGAAUACAGCCUGAAACCAUGUCCUGUCCGCCAAGCUCCCCUAAUAUGAGUCCAACAGUCUCCACAGCAGAUGACCCGUCUCUGCCUGGCCCUCACCGAUAUCGCUGUGCCGUGGUGGUCCUUGGCCUGCUGACUGCUCUCCUCCUCUCUGCACUGGUGGCUUCACUUGUUUAUUAUCAUGGCUAUGUGUCUAACACUAUCGACAACAGAUAUAUCACCUUAAUGAUCCACAAUGCCAACCUGAGCAACUUCAAUAAAAUUGUACAGGCUCGUUAUGACAACGCAAGUGCUGCAAACCAGCAUCUGCAUUCAGAAAUGGUUUUACUGCAGGAGGAAAAGAAAACACUAACGAUGGAAAGAGACCAUCUCAAUCGGACCCUUGAGUUUAUUUUCCAUUUCAGUGUUUUUCCAGUUGAUGAUUACUGUCCUGUCACAGAUAAUUCAACACAAGGCCUUCAUCAGUAA